CAGCCACGCUUCUCGCACGUCGCCGCCGUACGCGCGUUUACGUCUGGUCUAAACGUCGUCACGAACGAGCGUCGCCGCCGUUUACGAUUUCCUUUUGAGAACGCGCGCGCCCGCGCGCGCGAAGAUCGCUGCGAUUGAAAGUCGCGAAUUAAUCAGGAAAAAAAAAGGGAAACGAACGUGUUCGAGUGUGAAGUUCUGUCGCGAAAGAGAAAAGGGUGGGAAGACCGGAUUUUCUCUUCCAUUUUGGAGGAACAAGUGGCUCGAACCGUAGCUGUCGGCAUCGCAUCGCUCCUGACGGAGCACAGUGACAGUCUGACGCGACAGUGGUUUCUCUCCCUCUUUUUUUUCCCCCCGAUUUUCGACACCGCGACGUCGUCGGCUCUGGGAAGUCGUCUGGGGAGAGAUCAAGAGGAUAGAGGAAGGAGCGCCCCGUGUCUCGAAGGGGGCGGAGAUUAAUUUUUGGGAAGGAGGCAAGCGGCCGAAUUGGAUACGGCGUCACUUUUGACACAUUUCGGCAACACGAGUUGCCUUUCACUCUUUGGACAUUUUUGUCGCGGAUCAAUUCGGAAAAAAAAGGGGAAUUAGGAAGGCGAAGAAGUUGAGAGAGGGAAAGACACAUCUCCAUUUUGUAAAAGAAAAAGUGUCCGGCUCCGCUUUUUCGACACGUUUGGCAACAGUGUGUUUUAUUCUUCGAACGUCGCUUCCAUUAAAUUUUCGGGAUCUUCGAAUCUCGAGUCUCGUGCGAUUCCUCGACGAAACAUGAAGCUGGUAGCCGCGAAUGUGUUCGAUGAAAUCAGCGAUCAUUGUGACACACAUUUGAUGUUACUUUCGCGACGACCACACUUUUUGGACACUUUAUCUACAUCUGUGUUACUACGCGAGCUCCAGAAACGAUAGUGACAUACAUUGUGAGCAGGAUGUUCAGUUUUCACAAACCAAAGGUGUAUCGAUCUAGUACAGGCUGCUGCAUUUGCAAAGCAAAAUCUAGCAGCUCGAGAUUCACAGAUAGUAAAAAGUAUGAGGAUGACUUUAUGCUAUGUUUUCAACUCGACGAGAGGCGUAGCGGAGAGAUAUGUAAUGCAUGUGUGCUUCUAGUAAAGAGAUUUAAGAAGCUGCCUCCAGGAAACGAUCGUAAUUGGAGACAUGUUGUGGAUGCACGUGCUGGUCCAGGUAUUAAGUCUUUGACAAAAUUUAAAGCAAAAAAUAAAAGGAAACUUAAAGAUAAACCUGACAAAUUUGCUAAGAAGAAACAUGUCUAUGUAAAAACAGAAGCAGAUCGAGAACAAAGUCCACCGAUGAGCGAUGAUAUGAACGAAGAUGACAGAUUGGCAGACAGUAAAGCCUCGAGCAGAUCCGAAAGCAUUUCAGACGACGAUGAUGACAUUGGCUCUAAUGACAAACAAUUAGAUCUUGUUCAAGAUCAAGAUAUAAAUGAUGAUGAUUGCAAUUUCUUAGAUUUAUCUUAUUAUAAAAGAGAAAUUAUUUGCUGUGGCAGCAUUUUCAGAGGCGCCAAUGGUGAGAUCAUAAUGUAUCCGUCUAGCCUGAAACCUUGCGAAAACCUUACCAGGCGGCAGCUUACUUCUUCUUUAACAGUCACCAGUCCCAUUCACAGUUCUGCAUCCACCAGCCCUGUUCAUAGCGUUGAAUCGCCGUCAUCAGGUCCUGAAACAAGUUCAAAACAAACGAAGACCGACAGCGACUCUUCGUCCGAUUCCGGUUACGACGAUUCCUCCAAUCAGGGUGAGAGCAAACUAGCGAAGAAUGUUCAAGUUCAGGCAGAUGUGAAAAUGAUAGAGGAAGCUGUAAGACCCAUAGAGCUCGAUCAGUUAUCAAGUUGCAAAACCUUACAAUCUGUCAACGUUACUAAUCAAUCACUUCAGUCGGUCUCCAAUUAAUGUCGGCCCUUUAUAGAGGGUUAAUUUAUUCCUUUACUUACGAACACACACGCAUAAAUAUGUACAUACGUAUACAGGGUGUCUAGUAGAUAAUUUUAUAAUCGCAGUUUUUCAAUAGAAAUUUCAAUCUAGAGAAUCUUCCCUCUCGGCGAGAACUUCAAAUUUUUACGAUACCUAAAGUAAAUAUUUCUGACAUCCGAUUCUUGCAGUAUUUCCCUCGAUUCUUUUAAAUCUUAAAACAUCUUUUGAAUUUCAAUUUAGAGACGAUUUUUCCUCAUGGAGAAUAUUCGAAUUUUAAUCUUUCAAUAGGUUUUUAAAAUCCUGCUUUACUUAUUGUUUAAAUUUUUCAUUAUAUUACUACACAUUGUUAAUACAUGAGGAUAAUUAAAUAAUAACGUAAAAAAAAGUUACUGCUUUAGAAAAGAACUUUUAUUAGGAUUUUAUGGGAGAUGUUUUAUAUAGUCAAUUUCAAAAUAUAAAAGGAAUAUUUAAUGAUGAUGAAAAAUCUAUCUCUCAAAUGUGAGGCCGAAAGUGAGUUAUGAGCAAAACAUGUCCCUAGAAAUCUGUACAAUUUCUUUUUAUUGAAAACUUUUUCUGGAAUCAGUAUAAAUGUGUUGCAGUAUAAAUACCGUCACCCUGUAUAUACGAAUAGAUAUAAGCUGAAGUUAAUUAAGUGCACUAUUCCCGGGCAGCAAAGUGGCUCUGAAAGGUUUCGAACCUUCGUCUCGGAGGUUUAAAUGCCAUUUGGAUGCAAUUUAUUGUGCUAAGGAUAAUUAGAAUUAAUCGUAGCGAUCGACUGACGUAAACCGCCAAUUCUCGAGCCGAUAAUUUUUAAGUCUUAUAUUAAGCAAUAUAAACACACAUCAAAGUUCUGUGAUGAUAUCGUAAAGUAAGAUACGCUCAGAUUUCUUAUGCCGAAGCGGUUCGAGCUGGCGGUUUACGUACUCGCUUUUCUAACACGUCAAGUGCCACCGCUUAAGGGGGAGAAACGUACGUAGGAUGUGCUGAGACAACCGAAGAUGAUAUCAAAAAAAUCACGAUAAAUUAAUGAAACAUUGAUAUUUGUUUCUAAAAAAUUUUCGGAUUAAAACCAACUGUGUAUUAAGUAGUUACGUGUCGUCGAAAUAUGUCGAAAUUUGAAAAUCUCGUCUUUUUACGGAACAUUUUUCUACUAUAAAUUUUAAAAAUUUUUAAUGUCUUAGAUUUCAAGAUUUUUGAAUUUCUCAUGUUUAAUAAAAAUCACGAAAAUCUUAUUCUAGAAAUUGCCAAAACGUUACUGAAUUUUCUUUUUUUUUUAAUUUUUAUUUCCUUAAAUUAUCUAAGAUUCAAUACACGAAAAUGAAAUUUUAUGUAUAUUUAGUAUGAGUUGAUUUAAUUACGAAAAUAUAUUUGAGGAAAGAAAUAUGUAUGAAAUCAAAUUUUUAUUAAAAAAGAGGUCUAAUGAGCCAAGUUGGAUCACAAGAGCCUCACAUUAUUUCUUUAUUAAAAUAUGUAAAAUAUAUAUGAGUUAAGAAUUGCAAUUUGAAUGUCUUUUGCUGAAAGAAAACUGAAUUGACAAAAAA